AUGUCCGAGAGAUUUAUGGAGAAAUCCCUCGCCCUCAAGAUCCCUCGCCCUCAAGAUCCCUCGCCCUCAAGAUCCCUCGCGCUCAAGAUCCCUCGCCCUCAAGAUCCCUCGCUCAAGAUCCCUCGCCCUCAAGAUCCCUCGCCCUCAAGAUCCCUCGCCCUCAAGAUCCCUCGCCCUCAAGAUCCCUCGCGCUCAAGAUCCCUCGCGCUCAAGAUCCCUCGCGCUCAAGAUCCCUCGCGCUCAAGAUCCCUCGCCCUCAAGAUCCCUCGCCCUCAAGAUCCCUCGCCCUCAAGAUCCCUCGCGCUCAAGAUCCCUCGCCCUCAAGAUCCCUCGCGCUCAAGAUCCCUCGCCCUCAAGAUCCCUCAAGAUCCCUCGCGCUCAAGAUCCCUCGCCCUCAAGAUCCCUCGCGCUCAAGAUCCCUCGCCCUCAAGAUCCCUCGCCCUCAAGAUCCCUCGCCCUCAAGAUCCCUCGCGCUCAAGAUCCCUCGCCCUCAAGAUCCCUCGCGCUCAAGAUCCCUCGCCCUCAAGAUCCCUCGCCCUCAAGAUCCCUCGCGCUCAAGAUCCCUCGCCCUCAAGAUCCCUCGCGCUCAAGAUCCCUCGCCCUCAAGAUCCCUCGCGCUCAAGAUCCCUCGCCCUCAAGAUCCCUCGCGCUCAAGAUCCCUCGCCCUCAAGAUCCCUCGCCCUCAAGAUCCCUCGCGCUCAAGAUCCCUCGCCCUCAAGAUCCCUCGCCCUUAAGAUCCCUCGCGCUCAAGAUCCCUCGCCCUCAAGAUCCCUCGCCCUCAAGAUCUCUCGCCCAGAAGAUCCCCUGAAGAUCCUCGCACACAACGUUAGUAAGGAGUAA